AAAAAACGCUGUUUGGAGUCAAUAUAACCUCAUCAGAAAAAUUUGAUAAAGAAAAUCGCUAUCGUACAUUUGAACUAUUAUCGAUACCCUAUCCUGCUGAUCGAGGUAUUUUAUUACAUUGUUUAUCUGGCUGGGACCGUACACCGUUAUUUAUUUCAAUGUUACGUCUCUCAUUAUGGGCUGAUAACUGCAUCCAUCAAAGUUUAACUGUCGAAGAAAUUCUUUAUCUAACUAUUUCAUAUGAUUGGUAUUUAUUCGGGUAA